AUUUAUUGGGUUGUUACUGACGCGGUUUCUCUCUUUUCUGUCCCAAGCUCCGACCUUUUCUUGGGAUUUCGAAUUACAAAAAUAAAUAAAAAGAGGGAGAAGGGGACGGGGAUUUGAACCCUAAAUCUCCGUCUGUUCUCUCUCUCUCUCUCCCUCUCUCCCUCUCUCUCUCUCUCUCUCUCUCUCUCUUAAUUUGUAAUAAUCUGCAAUUGAUUCACUCCUCGAUUAUCGAUGGGAACGCCGGAAUUCCCCGAUUUAGGGAAGCAUUGCAGCGUCGACGACUGCAAGCUCAUUGAUUUCUUGCCGUUUGAUUGCGAUCGGUGCAAAAAGGUGUUUUGUCUGCAACAUAGAAGUUACAAUACACACAAGUGUCCAAAUGCAGAUGAUAAUGACGUGACGGUCCUAAUUUGCCCAUUAUGUGCUACUGGAGUUCGUCUUAUUCCAAAUCAAGACCCAAACAUCACAUGGGAUAUUCAUGUCAACACCGAUUGUGACCCAUCAAACUUUCAAAGAGCUACCAAAAAAAAGCAAUGUCCUGUUCCUGGUUGCAAAGAACUUUUAACCUUUUCUAACACAAUUAGGUGUAGGGAUUGCACCAGAGAGCACUGCUUGAAACAUAGGUUUGGGCUUGACCAUAAAUGCCCUGGACCAAAAAAACCCGAUUCUGGGUUCCCCUUUGUUGGUCUAUUGAAGAGGAGUCAAACUGUACAACCCACUUCAAGUUCUUCAAGUGGAGGAUCUUCCUGGUGGAGUUCGAGCUUACUAAAUGGUGUUAUGGCUAGUGCUGAAUCAGGUAUGCAAAAGUUGAGUAUUGCUACCAACCAAGCUUUGCAAAAAGCAAAAGAUGGAAUGGCACAGGGUAGUGGAGACGGUCCUGAGCGUUGUCCUCAAUGUCCAGCAAGAUUCUCUUCAGUCACUGCUUUAAUCCAUCAUGUUGAGAAAUCUCACCAUAAAGGUGUUCAACAACACAAAGUAACAGUUGAUGUUUGCCCUAAGUGCAGUAGAGCAUUCAGAGAUCCAGUUUUACUUGUGCAGCACGUUGAGAGAGAACAUAGAGGCACUUCAAAGGCUUAAAUCAAACAGUUAGAUAUUAUUUAUCAUGUGUUCCCUGUGAAAGGAGUUGAUGUAUGAAAGAAACAGAAAACUUACAUUGUUUGCAUACUAUCGUAAUUGUCUUCAAAUAGCAAGAGAUGGGUUUUUUUCA